AUGCCUCCCUUUACUGAAACAAGAGAAUGCUUUCAAUGCGGUGAGACUGGUCAUCUAAAGGCUGUCUGCCCUCAGUUCCGGAGCACAAAAAUAGCUAGGCAAGCUGAAUUUGUCGUCGCUGUCGAGAGAGAACUUUCCGCCGCCCCCGCCCGCGUCUCCCCCUCUUCCUACGUAGGCCCUCGAGCCCCGUGCCCGCCAAUCGGGGCGCCGCCCAUCACGGCCGCAAUGAGCGGCGGCGGCGGCAGCAGCAGCAGCAGCAGCGGCAGCCGCAUGUGGAGGAGAUUGAGGAGGAGGAUACGCCCGCCCCUGGUGCCCUCAGACCCCCUGGUGCCCUUCGCAAUUCCCUGGCCCCGCCUGCCCCGGGCGGCCCCAGCGACCCCCGGCCCCCCCCGGCCCCGCCCGGGCCCUGGCCCGGGCCCCCGCUGCCCCCGCGUUCUCCCGGGACAAGCAGCUCCUCGAAUUCAUGCAGGAGACGCGCCGAGAGCAAGCAGCCUUUAG